CUUCCGGUUUCCUCUUUGUGCCGUCCAUGCAGUGAACAGCUGAUGUGUUUCUGCCUGUGACACUGACGUGAAGCGUUUUCUCCAAGCUUUUCAAGAAAACAGUCCGACAUGACGAAAGAGGACGUGCAGGGGGCGACGGAGGAGGAGCAGCAGGCCCAGUCAAAGAAAGCUCUGAAGAAACAGCAGAAGGAAGCAGAGAAAGCUGCAAAGAAGGCUGAGAAACAAGCCAAGCAGGCCGCUGAACAACAAAGCACGGAGGAGGAUGACUUUGCCAAGGACCGGUAUGGCGUCUCAGCCAUGGUGCAGUCCCAGCAGAAACUGGACAGGACGUUGGUGCGAGUCCAAGAUCUCACCGCCGAGAAGGCUGACCAGCUGAUCUGGCUGCGCGCCCGAGUCCACACCAGCCGAGCCAAAGGGAAGCAGUGCUUCUUGGUCCUGCGUCAGCAGCAGUUCAACGUGCAGGCGCUGGUCGCAGUGGGGGACCGUGCCAGCAAGCAGAUGGUCAAGUUUGCCGCAAACAUCACCAAGGAGAGCAUCGUGGAUGUGGAGGCGGCGGUGAGGAAAGUGGAGCAGAAGAUCGAGAGCUGUUCCCAGCAGGACGUGGAGCUUCACAUUGAGAGGAUUUUUGUCAUCAGCCAGGCCGAGGCUCGUCUUCCCCUGCAGCUGGAGGAUGCUGUCAGGCCUGAUGGAGACGGAGAGGAGGAAGGCAGAGCCACAGUAAACCAGGACACCAAGCUGGACAACAGGGUGAUUGAUCUCAGGACAACGACCAGUCAGGCCAUCUUUCGCCUGCAGUCAGGAGUGUGCCAGCUCUUCAGAGACACCCUCACCCAGAAGGGCUUUGUGGAGAUCCAGACCCCGAAAAUAAUCUCAGCCGCCAGUGAAGGUGGAGCAAACGUCUUCACGGUGUCUUACUUCAAGACCAGCGCCUACCUGGCCCAGUCUCCCCAGCUCUACAAGCAAAUGUGCAUCUGCGCUGAUUUUGACAAGGUGUUCUGCGUGGGUCCAGUUUUCAGGGCGGAGGAUUCCAACACCCAUCGUCACCUCACUGAGUUCGUGGGUCUGGAUAUUGAGAUGGCCUUUAACUACCAUUACCACGAGGUGAUCGACUCCAUCACCGACACCAUGGUGCAGAUCUUCAAGGGCCUCAGAGACAACUUCCAGACGGAGAUUCAGACGGUGAACAAGCAGUUUCCAAGUGAGCCGUUCAAGUUCCUGGAGCCCACCUUGAGGCUGGAGUACACCGAGGCCGUGGCCAUGCUGCACGAGGCGGGCGUGGAGAUGGGCGACGAGGAUGACCUCAGCACACCCAACGAAAAGCUGCUGGGCCGCCUCGUCAAGGAAAAGUAUGAUACCGACUUCUAUGUGCUGGAUAAGUACCCACUGGCUGUUCGACCAUUUUACACCAUGCCUGAUCCAAACAACCCUAAAUACUCCAACUCUUAUGACAUGUUCAUGAGGGGAGAGGAGAUCCUGUCUGGAGCGCAGAGAAUCCACGACGCUCAGCUGCUCACCGACAGAGCCACCCAUCAUCAGAUUGAUCUGGAGAAGAUCAAGGCAUACAUCGACUCUUUCCGCUAUGGCGCUCCCCCACAUGGUGGCGGAGGCAUCGGCCUGGAGAGAGUCUGCAUGCUCUACCUGGGCCUCCACAACGUGCGUCAGACCUCCAUGUUCCCCCGUGACCCCAAACGCCUGACGCCGUAAAGUCUCCACUGUGCGAACAAACCCAGACACCACAGGGGCUGAUGGGAAACGGGACUAACCCACAACCAGGAAGCUGGGCGUCAGAGCUAGUGCCACCCUCCAACUCUAACGUGCCACCAUAAUUAUCCUGUAGGAUGGAAGAAUCAAGCAGCUGUAGCAGUUGAGGGUACUUUAUUGAUCGGUCUAUGUUCGUUUCUAACAAUCAUUAAUAACAGAUACAUUCAAGACAAAGGAGGGAGUGACCUGACACUCAGGGUAGUGGUUACUAAGGUGCACACACACGUAAUUCUUAUUUUAAA